AUGGACGUGUCCACUCCGACGCCGUGUACAACACCAACAGAACCGGCUACGGAGCAAAUGGAUGAGUCUUUUCCUUCGCUCGUUACCUCCUCUGAGGAACCAGCACCUAAAUACUCCCAAACUCGUAGUGACAAGAGUUCAUCGAGUGACACUACUAGCUCUUCCGAUUCGGAUUCAUCCUCUAGUUCGGAUGACUCCUCAUCAGAAGACUCAGAGACUAGUGUUAGUUCGUCUCCAGACGUGCCCAUUACCGAAGCUCAGGCGACGGAAUCGGCAAACAAACAUGAUCAAAACUUGGCAACAUCCGCUGAGGGUGAACAAACUGAAGGCGAACCAAUGGAAGGUGGAGGUAUAAGCGACGCAGUCACCUCUCUGGUGAAAGAGGCUUCGCUACGUCCACCUAGCCCUAUCGCCGGUCCUUCGCGAGACAAUGUUCCUAGAAUAACAUACUCGCAGAAGGAAGAGCCGUCCUGA